AGAAAUCCAAAGGCGCUUGGUAGACUACUUCCGCGGAGAACUUGCAUUGUGAAAAUACUGCUACACCAAGACAGAAACUGCGCAAACCACAGUAUAAUGUCGCGGCCGCGUGCAAAAAUUGCAGCCGGAGCAGUCGUUUGUGUGGAGAGUGAAAUCAGAGGCGAUGUGACAAUAGGUGCGAGGACUGUGGUGCAUCCCAAGGCACGUAUUAUAGCAGAAGCUGGACCUAUAGUCAUUGGAGAGGGGAACUUGAUUGAGGAGCAGGCCCUCAUCAUCAAUAGCUAUCCUGAAAACAUCAUGCCAGACUCCGAAGAGGUGGAGCCCAAGACGAUGACAAUUGGAAUCAAUAAUGUGUUUGAAGUCGGCUGUGUAUCUCAAGCUCUGAAAAUCGGGGACAACAAUGUCAUUGAAUCUAAAGCUGACGUGGGCCGAAACGUGAUGCUGACCAGCGGCUGCAUCAUCGGCGCCUGUUGCCAGGUGAACACUUGUGAGGUCAUCCCGGAGAACACGGUCAUCUACGGGUCCGGCUGCAUGCGGCGGAUCCAGACGGAGAAGCCACAGCCCCAGACUCUUCAGCUGGACUUCCUGAUGAAGAUCCUACCGAAUUACCACCACCUAAAGAAGACGGUCAAGAGCACAUCCACUCCUGCCAGGAGCUAGCUUUACGUCGUCGUACAGGAUCCCAAAACACGCUAGUCUAAUGAACCCACAUUACAGAACUUAACUUGCACAAAGUAAAACGCAUAUAUCACUGCAUUUUGGUGAUUGCUAUUUAUUUGUAUCUAUAUCGAACGAUUGUUCAUUAACUUUGUUUUGUUUUUUUUGUUUUUAUUUUAUUUUGCUUGAUAUCUUACACAUAUUAAAUCAUUUUUUGUCCCA